ACAAAAUAGUGUUCCACCUUUCCCAUGAACGGAAGAAUACCAAACCCUCUAAGCCCCAAGUCCCCGAUCAUGUCGCCGAGUCUGAGAUCCGUCUUUGCGCAGGUACAACGGAAGUCGAGAUCCGCGGGUGGUUCUAGCCGGAAUGUCUCUUCAUCGGCCCGUAGCAACAACGAAAUACCAUUUGUCGUGUGGUUAUUUACUCGAGGUGUAGGCCUAGCUAUUGGAUAUGCCUCAGUUCAUUUCUCGUUUCGGGAACUUGCAUCGGAAAUUGUGGAUAACCGGCAGAAGGAAAUCAAAAAGAAAAAAGAAUCGUUCGAGGAAGAGAGAAAGUGGGUGUCUGAUCUUUUGGCGUCCCGUGGAAAAUCCCAGUGUUGUUAACCUCGGUCUGGAUAAAUAAGUUAUUUGCCAAUUGUUUGUUCUAUUACAAAAACAAAGGAGUUGCAUCUAGAAACAUAAUCGAGUUGGGCCUGUACUGUAAUCGUUUAGGUUUUCUCUUGUAUAAUUUAUUGUCUGAUGAUACAGUAUUAUUUGUUGAUAAAGACUAUGAUUGACCUGCUA